GGGACUUUUGCACCACUUUCGUUCCAAUUUGUCUCCCCCGGGCGCAUUUCUACCUUUCUCCUUGCACACUCUGCACACAACCCUCUCCAAUAACAGCCCAUCAAAUUGUUCGCCUUCCAUACUGUCAGACCCUUAUCCACACCAAUCCAGCCUACGAUGUACCCGCAACUUCAGUGUCCGACAAUGUUCCCAGAGAGCUACAAGGAGAGGUUAUGGAAGAUACUUUUUGGCAUUCGAGGUCUUGGGUCAAGCCCAUCCAGGCAUCUGUCCACGUUUGGAACAAAUGUAGGGCCGCCCACUGGUGCUCCGAGUUUCGGUCGUGUCCACUGUGGUGUCUAUUCUCCCACCAUAGGAGUAGGAGGGGCUAGCUCAUUUACCAACUUGGAGAACAUCUCGAGCACACAGGCAGCGGGACUCGGACAUGGGCUCGCCAUUUAUUCCUCAAAGCUUAUCUUUGUUCCAGUAAUUGCGGGAGACGUUGCGAGUUCUUGCUGUCCCACAGUCAACCUCUCUGCUCUCUGGAGCGGAAGGGGUAGUGGUCGGACAACAAACAACUCCUUGGCGACAUCAACCACCUCCUACGAAAUCGCCAGAGAAAUCUUCAUCCCUUCUGUCUCGAACUCAGCGGAUGUUGGAACUUCAGCAGGCACUUGCGAUGCAAAGAAACACGGGGUCGUUCAGCCCCUUCCGAAACCAAACCCCGACACCACGACCACUACUCCUCCUCGUCCUCUUGCUCCCGCAACCCCUCCCACUUCUCCUAGUAAUAAGAGACAGAACACCAAUUGAAUUGUCGAACCCACAAUAUUUGUUUUGGACCCCUCGGUUGUGUGGGGUCUUUCAGUGGCAGAAGAAUACAUCAGUACCGGUGCCGCUGGCUAUUUUGACAGCACAUGAUCGGUAAGGUGGUAUCAAAGGUGGAAAGGCGGAUGAUGACCACGGUGGCCCGAGAAUGUGUACAUAUCAGGGAGGGUAGUUUUUGGGAGUCCUUCGCACACCAUUCGCGUUGGUCGUUUACUACUGGGCCAUAAUUUCUCGAAUCGAUAAUGCUUGGAGGAACGUUUCCU